AUGGGAUCACCGCUUGGACCGUUCCUUGCAAAUGUUUUUAUGGGCAAAGUCGAGAAAACAAGCUUGCAAGAGACCAUUAAUGGCCUCGUCUUCUUCCGUCGGUACGUGGACGAUAUCUUCUGCCUGACUGAUGGUACCACCGAUACCGAGGAGCUUGUCCAAAAGGUCAACAAUGUGCACCCCUCGCUAAAGUUCACUGCAGAGACCGAGACAGAUAACGAACUUGCCUUUCUCGAUGUUCUUCUGCACAAGCAAGAGGAUGGGUCUAUCCAGCGCAGGGUGUUCCGAAAGAAAACCUGGACGGGACAAUACGUUAAUUUCCACAGUUUUGUUCCGCUAAACAUCAAACGGUAUUUAGUCCAGGGAUUGGUGGCUAGAGUGAGACGCAUCUGCUCACCUGAAGCUAUUGAAGAAGAACUUCAACUGCUGCGGAACACACUGCGGGAGAACGGAUACCCAGAUAGAUUUAUCAUCCGAAAUAUUGGGGGACGCGUUGAAAAGCCCACUGCUGCGACUGCGGAAAAGAAAGAUGUAUUCAUAAGAUUGCCUUUUGCAGGAGACGCAGAGAGCGAACUAGUCCGACGGCGCUUAACUACAGCUAUCACGAGGACAUUCCCUGCGGCGAAUUUACGCGUAUGCUUCACAAACUCUCCCCUCCUACGUUUGGGAGGUAAAGACAGACUACCGUUGGAGGCCACAUCAAUGUGCAUUUAUUCACUCACUUGCUCCUGUGGAACAGGAUACAUCGGCCGCACAAGGAGACGCCUGGUAAAGAGGGUGCGUGAACAUAUGCCCGCCUGGCUAGACAGAGGUGAGAGCCGGUCGAUUUCGAGUUCUCAUCUCGCGCAUUUAAUCUAUACGAACCACCGAGUCGAUGCCAAGAAAGCAUUUCAGGUUGUCUACCGGACACCAACAUGCUUCUUUAAAGGCCUACGCCAACGGAUACUAGCAACGGCAGAGGCAGUAGCUAUACGGUUAGUGAAUCCGGUGUUAUGCUGUCAGAAACUCUGACACAAGCGCUUUCGCUGCCGUGGCCAACGCCAACCCCAAGUGAUGAAACCAUGCCGCCUCAAAUCCCUAAUCACGAUGAUGGGUACUCCGUGUGCUCAACCCAAGAUCAUUACUCAAAGACUCUCUUACCCCCAUCCCCUAGCUCUGACGACUAACACCCGCCGACCUUCUCAUUCGGGCGGCGUGGGGAUGAUGAGUUUUAGUGACUUAAUAGCCCUUGAGGCAUCUAUAAACACUGUUGAUUUUGUACAUUUUCAUUCGUUCAUGUAAUUGUAUUGGCCUGAGGAAGAAUUACCGAAAACGUGCGUUCGCCAACUUGACUUUUCAAAAUAUAAUCUGUUGAAAUCUUGUUAGUAGUAUAUUUAUAGUCAUUUCAGUAAUCCGUUAGAUCAGGCUUCGGCAGUUCGGGUUGCCUUUCGGCAGGUAAGCAUCCAGUUGUCUCUUGAACACGUUUACGGUAGGGGACUUAACAACAAACUCCGGCAAAAAGUUCCAUUGGCGAAUGAACCUCUGUGAGAAAAAGGAGGAGCGUUGAUUUGUGUGGCACAGUUCCCUUUUAAGCUGGUAAUCAUGUCGUCUGAGAUAGGACUUGGGUGCCAUUUCAAAAAACGUUUCCCAGUCGACAUCCAUAUUAAGUCCUUUUACCAACUGGAAUGUUGCUAUGAGGUCACCUCUGUAGUGGAGGGGAUAGAGGUUCAAAGCUGUCAGGCGCUGCUCGUACGUGAAGUUUUUGAGGCCAUGAACAGCCUUUGUAACCCGCCGUUGUACACCUUCAAGGAUAUCUAUAUCCUUCCGAAGCCAUGGCCGUCAAGCCUGUACCGCAUAUUCCAGGUGCGGCCGCACGAAUGUCCCGUAUACUUUGCCAAAAACAUCUUUAUUUAAGUGUAUAAACGUUCUGCCUAUCGCGCCCAUAACGGACAUUGUCCGCGCAGCGACUUUAGAACACUGCGUGGUGACGCUUACAUCGUCUUUUAUGAACACACCGAGAUCUUUUUGCACAUCUACGGUCUUACGUGAUUGAUUGUCCAGGAGAUAAUGUCGUGGGGAUGCAUUUGUUCUUCGCCUCGCUGAUACUACGCGCAUUAUUGCACAUUUUUUGACGUUGAAUUUCAUGCACCAUUUCGCGCUCCAUGCGUGCAAAUCCUCUACGUCCUCUUGUAGUGUCUUGACGUCAUCUUCAUUUUUUAUCGCUCUCCAAAGUUUAAGAUCGUCUGCAAAGAGCGCUAUUUCCGAUUUAACUUCCCCUAAUAGGUCAUUUACGUAGAUAAUGAAUAGGAGCGGCCCAAGAACUGACCCCUGUGGGACUCCACUCGUAGCAGGUGCCCAUUCUGAGCAGUAGCCGCCCGCAGUGACUUUUUGUCGCCGUCCGUUUAGGAAAUCUUGAAUCCAGUUCAGAAGAUUUCCUCUUAUCCCUACUUCUGAUAACUUUUGAAUGAGGCGCUUAUGUGGGAUGCAAUCGAACGCCUUGCUGUAGUCGAAGUAAAUGACAUCAAAUGGAUGUCCUUCAUCCAUGGCCUUUGACCAGUGUUAGAGUGACGAAAGCAGGUUUGUGAGACACGACCGCUUUUCGCAGAAGCCAUGUUGAACUGAGGCGAUGUGACAGCGGAAAGUAUCGAGUGAUUUAAUAGAUUUUUUAACUACUUUUUCCAUCAGUUUGCAGCAAAUGCAUGUCAAACUAACCGGCCGGUAGUUCGUGGGACAUAGCCGUGAUCCUCCCUUGUGGAUAGGUACGACGUUUGCAAACAUCCAUGUGUCAGGUAAUUUGCCCGCUUCCAGCGAUUUUUGGAAGAUUAUAGUAAGUGGUUCUGCUAAUUCUUCAGCUAGCUGACGCAGGAGUACACCUAGGAUCUCAUCUGGUCCAGGUGACUUGGCCGGAUCAAGCUUAUUUAGCUCUGCUAAAACUAACUGCGGAGUAAAAAAUACUGUGCUUAUAUGACACAGUCCACCGCCUAGCUGAAGUUAGUUGAGGGUCCUACACUCUACCGUUGCCUGCAUUUUUCUUGGUAUACCGCAAAGUGAUAUGUGAAAGUGAAAGGCAAACAGUUGGUCAGUUGUGGAAAUCACAGUUACCAGAUCUAGCCCCACAUUUUACUUGUGCAUUUGAAUUAAAAAGUAUGGUCUCAAGGGGAAUUUCAAAGCACUGAAAGUUUGGCCAUCGCAUAAUUACAAGGCCGAUUAGGACCUCACGAAAAGAGCACGGUUUUGACUUGUGAGCCAUGCUGUUUGUACUGAAGCACACUCUUCUUGUAUCUGCCCUCUUCUCUCUCUCUCUGUCGCCGUAAGCGCACUCUUAUGACAGGACGAAGUCAUGAUGGCCGGAAGCGCGGGUUGGUGCAGUAACUGACAAAAUGAGGCAAUCCGUCUACUUGUUCACUACACGAACCACUUCCUAAAAUCCACAUGCACCAGACUCUACUAAGGAGUUUUUGGACCAAAUAUCGUUUAAAAGUAAUUUCCGCAAAAGUACACAAUCCUAACGUCAUUUGUAGUAUCAAGGUUUGAUUGGAAGGAAGUUAUCCAGCUGCCACUUAUACAGAGAGACUUCGACAAGCCGUGUGAUAAUCAUGUGUUAUUUUUUUCGCGCAACUUUAGAUGCUGCUCAUUCAUCGGUCGAAAAUGCGCGGGAUCACCACAGGCGGUUUCCCUCGCACCAUCAUGCGCGACUGAGGGAAUGAUCUUGCACCAGCUUGGACAUGUCUUGGGGUUUUAUCACGAGCAGAGCCGACCCGAUCGCGAUGGUAAGUCUGUGUAAGAUGGGUGCCCACUGUACUCACCAAGUCGUUAACAUCUUGUUCGGGUGGCUUUGCCUUAUUUUAUUCCCAACUUUACGUUGCAACUAUUCGUCGUCACGGUUUCACAUGAAAGAUGUGUGGCACACUUUAGUGCGGUGUACUCUUUUCAAACAUGGUUGAGUACACGUGAGGAUGGAUGCGACCCGAAUGUUCGCUCGUUGUUUCCAAUAAUGUCCACCGUGUGUUCUACACCAGAACGAGGGGAAAUACGGUGACUUGCGCCCUUGUUCACUUAGCAAAGUUGCGCUGCAUUUAUCAAACUCUCUUCUCCUCCCCCCGAGCCUGGUUUCAUGACUGAGCUGAGAUGACCGGAAGCUGGUAAUAAUGCAAAUGGCUGCCACGGCGAAAAUCCGCACCUAGAUUUACCACCACUUGUCCCGGUCCACAGCGCCCAUUGCUCAGGUUUUUAUACCAGAAGGACAAAGCGGGACGACCCGGAACCCACUAGUCCACCAGCACGCUUCUCCACUCAUAUACACACUGAGCUGACUGCGAGGUCCAAAUUAUCCCGUCAGCUGGUGACAAUGCUUUUCUAAUUUCGGUUUUUUAGCUUUUCCCGAGGUGAUCGUUAAUUUUAAGUAAAUAAUUCUACUUGUUACUUAUAUGCUCAGACUGAUUUUCGAAAUAAAUAUUUGGGCCAAAGUCCAUAAUCCGCUGCGGAAUAUUCAUAAACUGCCAACGCGCAGCCAGGAAUAUGUGCUUAGGUUGCACGGAAUACCAUAGUCGGCAGCACAGGUACUAGUUAAAGGGCCAGACGUGUGUCCGCAGACAUCCCGCUGCUGCAUGACAAAGCUGCGAGGGAUUUGACAGAUACUAUUAAAGACUUUCUGGAUGACACUUUAAGACAUAUUUAGUGGAUGCACACUUAAAAAGGCAGUUAGUAACGUUUUAGAGAUGUCUCACGUAUUCGCUGGUAGUUGUGGUCCUUAAUCUAUUCCAGAAUAUCGGUGGUUGCUUACAUAUUCCUUUUGGCAUGGCUGAGUUAAGAUGUGAAUUGGAGAAACCCCCAUUUCAUUCUAUAUGCAGGCCCAGACGGGUAAGUCUGUUUAAGCCCUACGUGAAACGUCGAUUUGGAAGCUUAUUUGUGACAGUAGUUAUCUUAAACGACACGACGUUGUAUUAUUUUUGACAAUGGUUAACACCACUUGGAUCAAAUUUUGUAGAAUGCACUCAAUGCUCUCUUCUGUUUCCUUAUAAAUACCAGACUACGUGGAGGUCUUUCGAGACAAUAUUCGCCCUGAGGCAUGGGGCAACUUUGAGAAGAAACACCCUUCUAUAAUUGAUUCCCUUGAUGAACCCUAUGACUACGACUCAAUAAUGCAUUACGACGGUUUUAGUAAUGCUAAGCCCGGCAGGAAUAUGACGAUGAGACCCAAGACACACGGCCAUCAAAUUGGCCAGUGGGUGAAACCCAGUCCCGGGGAUAUAAGACAGACAAACAAGCUCUACAAAUGUCCAUGUGAGUUUUAUCGUCUUUCUUCUGAGCCAACCGUAAUUAUCAGUAUGCUUUUCCAUAAAAUUCACUGCUCAUUUGUAUGAACUAUAUCAUCUGUACAGGUGUCUUUGAUCGUUUCUUGCUAUCCAACGUCUCUUCGGUUCAAAAAUACAGCAGCUUUUACUUAGUAGGGUUCGAUAGCCAAAAAAUUUACAUCCCAAACGGCGUAGUUCGAUGUAUUGGCUUAGACGAGUGAGUCAAAAAUGUGGCGGAGAGAUGGGGCAGGGGGUCAACUGCAAUCAAAAAAUUAAAGAAAGUGCUCAGGAUAUGUUACGGAACCGCAGUCGGUGGUUUUAUACCCAAAACAAGCUACUAUAUUUUCCUCAGUAGGCCUUAUUUAAUGUAUCCUUUUAGAGUUACAGGAAGUUACCUAUUAUGCCAUAUGGCACAAUGGAAUUAAAGAAAAGAAUGCCUAUUUCAAAGAAUAUCAUGUUGGCGAAUUCCUUUUUACGAGUGUUUAAUGCGCCAAACAGAUGAAUUUUUCUCCUGUGUGUUAUGUGGCAGUUCUGUGGGUGGUUUGUAUUUUCUACCUACCUCUAACCCAUUUUUAAAGUGGCUGCUCUAGGAGUUGUGCAUAGAUGGCCGCCACUUAUUGGUUUUUCGCGCUCGAAGGAACUUUGUUGCUGAGUAACUUCCACUGACUAUGUGACCCGACUAAGUUGCAGUUACCUCACGACGUAUGCUAAUCUGCGAAGGAUGUCAGCAGUUCAUAGUGACUGGGGCAGGUUUCGCAAUUUGAACUGCAAUUAAGAAAGCCAACCUAUAUUCUGUAUCCUGAUUUGCUUUUGCACUGUCCUAGGUUAAAUGACCUUCUUUCUUUUGCAGUGUGUACUGAUCCAUCUGGUCAGAUGCGCCGAAAGUUGUAUUGCACAUGAACUCUGUUUGCAAACGCCCAAUCGUUAUGUAUGUUUUACAUUCAGAUAUAAGAAUAGACCUCCGACAAGGGAGGUCGGGCACAUAAAUGCACCUUUCUAGUGCUCGCCUAAUCGUCUGUUAAACAUGUUUAAAUACUCUGUAUUCAUGCCCAGUGGUGUUUGUUGUCAAUUCUCACAAUCGGCUAGAUGAGCAUAACCGAGCUAAUAUUGUUUUUUUUUCAGCCUGUGGGCAGACCCUCAUGGAGUACUUCGGCACAUUUGCGUCUCCACAAUCGGAGUCCCUGCGUCCAAGCAUGGACUCCAAUACCAAUACCACUGCUUCUUCCUCGGGUGCACUCGUUUGUCAGUGGAGAAUCAUAGGAAAGAGGGGAGAACACAUCCGCCUAAAUUUCACGCACAUGGACAUGUCUCCGAUCACAAAUCAGCCAAACGAUGAUGCACAGACAGCGACUACUUCUCCGAAAAACCCUCAACACUGCGUAGAGGAGUAUGUCGAAGUCAGAGAUGGAUAUUAUCCUGAAUCGCGUCUGAUUGGUAUGUGAAAUGACUGAUGAGAUCUUGUGACCUUACUUCGCGUGAUUUUCUAGGCUGUUCCAAGUCGGUCUGUCCUUUCUUCCAAGGUGGCAUCACAUCAGUAGUUUGAUUGAUUAGACCUACUGGUAAAGUCAAGUAAGUUUGUAACUAACGCUACUGAAUAACUUACCGCAGAAGGCAUUCGUGUUCACAUUUCGCCCGAGAACAUCGGUAGCGCUAGCAGGUUAGAUGGUAGUUGAUAGCCCUCCCGGUACCGAAAACUCCCGGCCACCUGGCUUACGGGACCGGUGGUAAUAGGGGCUAUACGGGUGGGGCAAAUGAGUGGAGGCGUAAAUGGCGCUUGUAAUGAAUGCCUGGAAUGGACGAUCCUGAUAAAGUGGAAACCUAAUUUAAAUAUGGUGAAAAAUGCGAGGAAGGAGAACACUUCGGGUCUGACUGGCGUAUGAGACGCCUUGCUGUUGUAGUCUGAACCCAUGAGAUAGUAAGUGCGCGAUGUGGUAGGUGAACUGCGCCCAGUUUAAACCCAGCAUUGUCUAAGCGCCCGGGGGUGUCCUAGUGCCUUAAACUGGAAGUGCAGGAAAGGAUCGUUAACUGGUCAUGGCGGCGUUUACAAGGCGUCACAGUUUUUAGCCAAACCACUGCGACCAAAUACAACCGGGCUGUUCGUAAAGGCGGGGGGUGGAGGGCAACACUCUGUCAAUACGACUGAUGCAGUGGAUGGAGUAUCGGUAGACACCCUAACUGAGCGUCGGUUGUCCUUUCCUACACAAUCGCACCGGACUCUACUGGAGGUCUGGAGUAAAAACCCAAGGAUGCAGGCAAACCGACGAAACGGAGACCCGCGCCAAUCCGCCUAGGAUAGUACCUAUGCAAUUAAUCUGAUGCAGGUAAUACUGUGCGCGCAUGCAAUUAGAAGCAUAAUGGGAAGCAUGAUGAAUCAUAAUCCGUUUAGGAUAAAUCUUUCGCCUUUUACUAAAGAUUUCCGUGUGGGGGUGCUAUACAAUGAGUCUAUAUAGGCAGUCUUGCAGCGCCUCGUUCUCGGGGCGGUUAAAGUGAAGAAGAAAUUCAUCCUGACAGGGCCUCUGUGCGUGCACCCCCCAGACAUAAUGAGAACGUUAUCACAGAUACCGAAAUCGAGCCAGUAGGUACAAUUGUAGAAUCAGUGGGCAGGGCUACCGACUACCAUCCUGACCGCUAGCAUAGGGUUUCUGACACUACAUGGGAAAUGGACCGUUCCGAUAUUGCGUUAUGACCUCGGAUACCCUCGCCCGCGAUAUCAAAAAUAUCUGACUUCGCGUGGGAAGUCUGUCGUCGCGCUAUCCUUAUUGAAAUUCGGGAUGUUCGUAGUUGUGUUCUGUAUGUUAUUGCAAUGGAAAGUCCCCGAAAUUGUGCGGGUAGUCCAACUGACCAAGAAACUCGAAACUGGGACAGGAACUCAUGUCUGUUUUCUUUCUUAUAACAAUUCCCGUCUCCGUACAAAUAUUGCUUUCAAAAGUGGCGACGGAAAUAAUCACAAAACAGUGCAAUUUUGCAUUUCCUUGUGUGGGCUGUAGGAAACGGAACUUUUAGGCAAAACCUCAUUGCAUUUGUUCGGUGAACACCACUCAACUCGGACCCUCCAGUUCUCCUUCGACAGGCCCGCAUCCGUGUGCAUGCCGUCACUGACAGAUAAGGAAGCAGAAUUUCUUUAAGAUGCAUCAUCAUUUCACGGCAUUUGCAGUACGAAAUACGCCUCCAUAAGCACUGUUACACUGUUUACGUCGCAUCGUAGAUAUUAAGUUUUCAAGAAUAAACAUAGAUCCAAAUUCCCUGUCUUCUUUUUUCCCGCUAAUGUACACUAGAUUUCCGACCCCUUCGCUUGAUCGCAAAUGUCAAUUUACUCAUUAACCGUAAAAGCAAGCAACUGCAAAAUUACUCAUAUUUUCCGAACAAAUUCUGUGACACCUAAGCUGAAUAUCUAGCGGCUAUUUUUCUGUUAAACUUCCCAGACAAUUGCAGUAGUGAUUGCGUUUUAUAAAAAUAAUAGCUUACAAGUUCAUUGCCGCUGAAUCGGACAGCGGGUCAAAGCUGGGGAUGCUUUCCAGGACACGGUAUUUCCAAUAAUUCGAUCUGCAAAAAAAUCCCCGAAGUGUGUUUUUUUAGACGGCAAGGGAAAUAAAUGUUACAUAUGCGUAUUUUACAUGAGGAGCAUAGUACUAAUAACCUCAAACCGUUUUUCGUUUUACAUGGGUAUAGUACUAACAUUUUUAUUUGCUCUUGUAUCUUUCAGGUCGGUACUGUGGAAAAAGUAUUCCACCAACGCUGGCUUCGUUAAGUCGAAGUAUGCUGAUUGAGUACAGACGACCCGCAGGACAAACAACCACCGGAUUUGUUGCGAAUUAUCAAAGUAAGCAUACUUUAAAUAGAUAUGUAUAUAAUACAUAACGGUCGGUGAGCGACCCUCCAACAUUAUAUAUAUGCAUAUUUAAGAUAUGUUGUAAUUGAUUGCGGUCGGUUUUACAGACGGACCGAAGCGGCGUUCAAAACGCUUUGUAAAUUCCACCAGAUUAAAUGGAUUAUGCUUUGGAAUUGCAUGUAAUUCGGUGGGACUACUGAUCUGAGUGCAUUUUGUUAACGAAUUUCUGAUGUGUCAGCCUCUAUAUCUUUCGUAUUAAAGACGGACGGACUAGUAUUUAUAACCCUAGCCGAGUUUUCAUGAAAUCCGGAGUGUAACAAGAGAUUAAGAUUGUGAAUGCAUAUAAGGGACACAAGAGUUCUCCGAAGAACUAAAGUGCACUCCUGAGUGUUUGUGCUGGCAGCACCAACGAGUUUCCAGAUGAAACGAAAUGAGGAGAGCUGGGAUAAUUAAAUCACGAUAGGAUUCAUUAGCCAGAGAUGACUAUAACCCUCAGAGGGGCAUGGGACAACUAAUUAAUUAAUUUCUGUUUAAUGGCCUUGAAUCCGCCGCCCCCCUCCAACUGGAAUUUCCCGCCGCAUAACCUUUUGAUUGCUCGCUGAUUUCGGCGUUUGUGCGGCCAUGCCUAAUUUGCCCGCCUGCGACUCAAGCUACAGCUACCUGUAGACUAUGUGACUCCGCAUGCCUGGACUUUGCAUUCGCACUUGAAGAAAAUGAGGGUUUAAACUGUACUACAUCAGCUACAAUGUCUCAGGGGAACCAGUACUCGAGUGCAUCCAGUUUUCACAUCAGGCACAUUUUGCGAAAACUCACACUAACGCAUCACUACCGGCGUAUGAGCCGACCUAGAGCAUCAGGCGAUUUGUUUCUUGACGUAUGGUACCGCAUUGGGUCGCCAUCCCUCAUCCACCCUCUCCUCCACGGAUCAAUCAGACAUUAACUGUUGCAACGCAGUCUUCCGAACUGGAGAGUCGCCUGAACAUUUUACAAUAAUUAAUUAAUCUCCUGGUAACCUGGACGAUCAUAGUAAAGUAGUAUUUUAGUACAUCCCUAUGCAAGCAUAGCAGGCGCAUCUGGGACGUUUAUCUGCCUUAGAACAUGAAAACGCAAAGUAAUUGUUUUUUGUUCUUAUUAUCGUCUGACGAGACAAAAUCGCCUAAAGCAGAGAAAUAUGUUGCUUUGUUUUCCCAUACCAGUUGUUUGCGGCACGCACUUCAAAGGGGAUAGUGAGUACAUUGUCAGUCCAUCUUACGAGAGUAACUACCUGCCGCACAAAGAAUGCACUUGGACGAUUGAAGUGCCCACAGGAUUCGACGUUUUCCUGUCAUUCCACAGUUUUAGGGUAAGUACAAGUGUACCCAAUGCGAUUACUGCUUCCUACUGUAACAAGAGUGAAUGCCAAUCAGUCGCGCCAAAAAUGACCUUUUCCGGAACAUUAACUGUUUAUGAAUGGAGGAGAAUAUGCGCAUUCCAGGUUCUUGUUGCAAAGAAGUAAAAGGCGCGAUCACUGGUCGAGCUGUCAUCAAGCACGAAGAAAUCGGGAAGUUCACUCAAUAAUCCCAUUCAGCACCUUCUUGCAUCCAGUCCAUGAUAGUUAACUACCAAAAUACGCGCUUGUUAGCAUAACCUUGAUUUACGAGUUGCGUUAAGGCGUGAUAAAUGGAGUCUGAGGAGAGUGGUAAUCCUGAUCCUCGUGAGAAUGAAAAAGGCGCGCAGAAGGAAGGAAAGACAUGCAACAUAGUGACAUGAUUUAUUUCGACACCUAGAGGCGUGUUUCAGCGUAAAAGUCCGACUCUGGGGUAUGAUGUUCUAUAAGUGGACCUCUGUCCCAGGUGGUUGUUCGUACUCAUCACUGAAUGGGCAUAACGUGCUCUCAGUCGUCUCGACUCAUGCAAUCAAAUUAUCCACCAAUAAGUGGUUAAACCUGUCCUUGAUUACGAUCUGUAUACUUAUAGAGAAUAACCAGGACUUUGACCAAUUUAUAGCGCUAGGAACUCCUAUUUGGAGUCUGAAUAACAUAUUUUUGAAGUGAGAUUUCGGUGCCUAUGACCACGAGCAUAAUGGAAAAAAAUUUAUAGCAGAGAAAAUGGGCAAAGCAUGUCAUCCUCUUAAUCCGACACAUAUAGUUUAAAUAGCGAAAUCAGCGUUGGAUGAGUCAUACGCGGAACUUCGGGUGUUCGGAAGUGGGAUUGGUCUCUUUGUACAUCACCCGCUCAUAGUUACAGCAAGGCCUCCUUUGCUUUCGAUCCACGACAUUCAUGCUGCCCCUGACGAGGCCAGCGUGAGAGCACUGCCGAUGGCUUUGCGACCUAAUGUGAAAAAGGUUAUCCACAGCCACCUCCCACUCACGGAUGACGGUCCUGGAAAUUGUUGGCCCCAUUAUCAUGUAUUUGACUAGUUCAUCAUGCACGGUCCCAUAGAACAUUACAAAAGCCUUUCAACAGGGUUUGAGUUGCUAGAAGCAUCAGUGAUUAUCUAACAUCUUUUAGGUUGCGGUGAUUUGGCCCGAUCCAAAAUGAAAAACGUCCUCUAAUGGUGUUUGAGUUGCUAGAUUCAUCAGGACUUCUCUAACUUUGUAUAGGCUGUGGUGAUUUGGACGCCACUUUGACGAAAGUAUUUCCGGAGACGACUAAGUCUUGGUUGUCGUUGAACAGGGAAAUAUAUGGCAUGCUCGCUAUGUUUCUACAUAUGCACACCUCAGAGUCUCAUCUCCAUAUAUUAAGCAUCAGUUGGGCUAUCAAGCUAGUGGACUAGGAAAUUGCCCGGACACGAGGAGAUGGACCUCCUUCCCGUAAUAUAGGUGGCCUCGCGCCUAACUUCCGGGGUACCUGUUUCCGCGUUCUAGCUUUAAUGCUAAGACAAAACCUGACACAUACCAUAGCUCUGAUACACACACCGCAUUACCUAACCAUAACACGCAACGCUAAUCUGCUCCCCCCCCCCUACUCGGGGAUUUGCGCACGGACAGGGGUCCAUAUUCCCGUGCCCAAUCAGGAAAUUGUGUUUGUUUGAGGCCGUCGAAUAAGCUUCUUAACCUUCUUAACAACUUCCCGACGAAUGCAAAAAUCGAGCUGCUUUUGUAUUAGUGUGUAACACUUCUUGAUAAACCCGUUAUUUCGUCCUAUGUUGACAUUCAUUUUAAAACACCAAGCUGAAUUUGGUGACAUUUAAAGCUGCACAAUUUCGAUCAUCUUGCAAUCUCUGAGUAAUAAUACAUGUUAAUCGAAAUACUAAACUGCGAGGUAAAAUUUUAAAAUUUUCAUCUGCAGAUUGUGAUUAUUUAUCAUCGAAUUUCAUAUUCCUCAGAUUGGGGAGGGAACAGACUGCAGUCAGGAUUACUUGGAGAUACACGAUGGUCUCUCGACAUCUUCCCCCGUGAUACGUCGGCUCUGUGGAGAUGGUAUGCAAGCGCCCGUAAGAUCGACAAAUAACACGAUGACUGUGCAUUUCGUCGCCAAUAAUUCAAUUGAAAGACAGGGAUUCUUGGCCAAAUUCGAGAAGGGUGAGUUCUCUCGAUUUGCACCAAUAGGAACUUAUACCGUCUGUGUGUGUGUUGUUUGUUGGAUUGUGUCGCGUGCAUGGCACGUGCGGGCGGGUUCCUCAAGUUUGUCAGCCACUAUUUGCAGUCCCGCCCAAACCCCCCCCCCCGCCCCCAAGUCUUCUUAACCCUGACUAAACAUCAGGUUUAGAUGUCCCAAAGAGGAAAGAGAUAGAGAGCAAUAGAUAGGACGCAACUCUACUAUCAUUAUAAACUAUUUCACGUGAUAUUCGCCGUCCCGGCGUUCAAUAUACUGUGAGACGCAAAGCAGACAUCAUCGGUAACUACGGUGGAUGACUGACUAGCUACCCGCCCUUCGAAGUGGCAUCGCUCAGGGCUGCGUGUCACCCUUCCAAGCCUUGGGGAUUGUGAGCAGCUGCUAUGUCAUGUCCAGCAAUCUAUGGCCCUCGCCGCCCGGUGUACGCUGACAGUUCUCUCGCACCUGGUUCCCUGCCGGUAGAUUCGCGCGCGCUCCCGCUGAAUAAACAGAUUACGUGCAUGUUUGCCCAAUCAUCCUGUCCUUUCUGACCCGUCUACUUUGUUGUUGGUUAAAAUCAUGGUUAGGUGUGUGUUUGUUGUGGGCCAGGGGAUGUGAUGGUACGCCUAGAUGCAGGCUCGUUCGUGCAAGUCAACUGUGCCCUCUCCCAUCUCCGGUCUUCUUGACUGUGUCUCGAUACCGGGCCCAGGUGGGAGAGAAGGAGAGAAUGCGGUAGAUGCUCCGAAAGUCUAUACUCACUAUAAACUGAUCCACGCGCAGUUCCCAGUGGCUGCCUUGCCGGUCGAACUGUCGUGUGCUGGUAAGCAGCUCUAGAGUAGUAGGCGGGCCUCACAGAUGAUAUUUGAUUUACUUUUGGACUUUAUCCGUGUACGCAAGUCCUUUUUGAUUUUUAAGUGUUCAGUUCAGUCUGGGAGCGACAUGUCAGUGGUCUUGCUUAGUGAUGUGACACCUAGCGUCUCCAAACCAAAAUUCUCUUCUCCAUAAUGGAUUUUCAAAUAUCCUGCCAUUUAAGACCCAAGCACCUAAGUCGGAAGGAGGACAUUUGUCCUCAAAACAGAUUAAAAGAUAGGCGACUUUUAGGCUUAUAUUUCCAGUUUCUGUCAUUGCGUUUCCUACACGCGGCCAGUGUUGAAAUGAAAUGCCUAAAACUAGUGAUUUCAUUACCUUCCCCUCCCCACCCUAUAGAGGUUCCCUGCCGUAAGUACUUUAAAGGAGAAGAAGGCACGAUUAUGAGUCCUGGUUAUCCGAAAAUAUAUCCUCCGAGCAGUGAAUGUACAUGGAAUAUUGAAGUUCCCGAUGGCCACACCGUUAACCUCACAUUCAACAGUUUUGAGGUAAGUAUCAUAGUGAUCACUAAUCUGACUGCUUAAAGGUACGUGCACUUACAAAUCCGACUAACAGCACGUCCAUCAGCGAUAAAAGCGAAGUGUUAGAGUAAUUUUUGCUGACAGCCGUCGUCAACAAUGAAACUGUGCAUACUUGCUUGCGUUUCUCCUGGGAGGGUCCCUUUGCAAAUCACCUAAACACACCUUUUGCUGUUACUGUAAAUCAAGAUACAGGACGAAGAAAGCGUUACUUGCGAAAGCCACCAUAGAGUGUCCUUCAUCGGAGCAACAGACGAGUGCUACAGCUUGUGUCUACGGAGUGUACUGGGACGAAAAUGGUAAGGGAGACCUCAGCCGCUGCGCCCAAUUGCAUUAGCGGUUGACUGUCAAAUUCGAACAGCCAACAGCUGUUGCAAGAAUGGAGAGAGUUUGAGGAGAAUGAGGAGGAGUAGUAGUAGUCCACCCGCGUGGCCAAUCAGCGCAUUCCUUCCUGAAGUGAAUCCGACGUGCGCAAGUCUAUAACAGGAUGUCGAUGACGCUUGUGUUGUCAUCAAGAGAUACUUGGUGGGAAACUUCUUCCAACGCAUGCAUUCAAUUUCCCCACAUAUGUAAUACUCGAAGAAGUCGUCUGCAGCAUACCAUGCGGAAAUUGUAAUGCGAAGUAUUUUGAGAAAAUGGGCAAACGCCUUGACAAAAUAUUGCACGAGUAAAAGGUUACAGUCAACUGUAAAGGUGAACUGUCUUUCAUAGUUGGUCAUAUACGACAUGAGAAGCCGGACGCGUCUUUGAGGAGGCGGACGUCUUCGAUCGAGUCAGUAAGAAGAUGGCCAGACCCGUACUUAAAAGCUGGGCCUCGGUCGGCAAACGUAACCGAGUUAUUGACCUGCAUCCCGUCCACCAAGUGGCAAGCACAACGGUGCAAAUAUGUCUAGACAGGAUUCACAGAACAAGCGAGCAAAUUCCAGCUGGUCCAACAGUUGACACCCUCACGGAAGGUGGGGGGAACCGACCAGAGGUCACACGACCAACGUGAAACAUCUGCUCAUCGGCGUGUCCAAAAAACCAGAGUUACCACUCACGCGCAGCGACAGCUGGUAAGUUCAACCAGUUACGAGAGAGGAAUCAACGGUCACUUUGAUUUUGCUGCAAUCACGACAGCCGUGAAAAGGACGGGUGUCAUGAUGGUUGGUCAGUCCUCAGUCGUUGUGGAGCCGAAGCUAAUGCCGACUAAAAGGCGGGUUGAAGUUCGUUUGUCGGGUGCGGAUAUAACAAGUAACAGGCGGCGGCGCUGAACAACUCAAAGCCAGCAGUUGCAGCAACAACCACCUCACCACUUUGAUUAUAGAAACGUGGAAGUUUCCGAAACGUUAAUGCAAUAACGGUGUAGUUUCGAACUCCCCUGUUCUUCCGAGGAACGUCAGAUCUUCACUCUAAAUGCACACACUUACUCGUGAAGAAGAGCUGUUAUGGUAAAUACCGUUUAGCAUUAGGUGAUAAGGGGAUAUCUGGGAGAAUGUCCUACAUCUUUAACGAAUUUGAGCUAACGAACAAAAGUCUUAAAAUAAACAAAGAGCCAAAAGAACAAAGAUCAAUACCAUACUUCUCUAUCCUCUAGACGGCUAGCAUUUACUGAGAAAACAAUGUUUUUGUGUGGCAUUCGAGUCCUUGAUUGACUACGGUGUGGCUGUUGGAGCGUUUGGCUAUGGCGGAGUCUUGCAGUUUCUGUUGCGAUUCUAAGUUCCGCCCAGGCUACCGAAUGCUUCAUAUGUUUUCCAAUUUCCGAAUAAAUUUGAGCUAAAUCAGCCGUUGUUUUAGCGUUUAGCGAUUUCAGUCUACAAGGCGCAUGCUGCUUGCGUAAGGAAAAUCAUUUAUUGUCCUAUGCCAUUAAGAAGAGUCCAUUUGGAGCUCGUGAAAUUUUGCUAUGAGUGCGGACUAGGUUACACAUUUCAUAAAGAGCACUGGUAAACAGACAGGCAGGAUGCUGUAUGAAUGUACAUUGCACAGUCUGAAUAAUCGUACAAUUAAAAACUUUUUAAAACCUAAAUAUACCCUGUCUUCAAACAUAGAAUGUAAAGCCGGCGUGAUUUACCACCAAAGGAGUAUAAGAAAGCAUAUUUUUAUUUAUGUUUUCUAUUAAAAAUAUAUUUUAAUUUAAAUGACCAUCAAAAAUCAAUGCGAAAAUGCAUGCUACCUAAGAAGCCAUUUUUUACCGACUGUGGUUUCUGCAGGAGAUCGGAGAGAAGUGCAUUCAAAAGCCGACAUCCUGCCGAAUCCGAAAUAUUACUGGAUUAUCCAGCAUGAUAACAGUCUUACAACCUCACAUAAGUAAUACUUCCAAAUCGAAAACGUAUUUUAGAAUUUAGGACAUCAUUUCGUGAUACCGGCCACUCACUGCACAUAGUUAGGUCAAACCGGAAAAUCCGCCCCUACAUAUCUACAUGAAUACCAACUGGCAGUAAAGAGGCGGAACCACUUAUCCCAAGUCGACAUGCAUACUAUUGAAGCUGGGCACAAAUUUGCUUAGGAUAAAACACGCAUUGUCGGUUCCUGCCUAUAAAAGAAAGGCCGAGAAUUCCUGGAGGACAUUCACUAUGCAGAUUCAUGCGUCAAUGGACGCAUCGAUCUUGACGCCAUGUACACAAAACUCAAAGAAAGUGAAAAAGGUGAUAGCCAAUCAAAAGGUGACAUUGGCCCAUCCUCAGCACUGACAAAGCAAUAUCGAUUUUUCGGACAUGUUUAAAUUUUUACUAUUUUUGCACACUUACAACAUGUCUAACAACGACAUGGCGAACCAGCGUCGAGCACUUACGAAAUAAAGUUUGUCUAGAUUCCAAAUGAACUCAUUUUUCUUCGAAUUAUGUUUCUUAGGAUGCCCAACUUCCUAUGUAUAUAUAUAGUCAUGGCGAAUAGGGAGUAAGUGACCAACGUGGAGCAUCAGAGAACGCUGAAUAAAUUUCCGAUAAAAAACCUUGCAAUUCUGCCCUUCGUGCGCUUCUUACAUGGGAUGAAGUCGUGGCGUUAUUACUGUGGACCUGCUAAAUGCCUCGACGCUCCGCCGUUUUGUCCUUUUUGCUGGCAAAUUGAUUGCCAGUUGGACAGAGUCAUUUACAGAUUCCAUUGCAUUCUGAAACCAGACGGUUGCUGACCUGGUGGCGUACCUUUGCAGAGCUCACCACAUUACUGUUACUGUUAACCUUUAGUGCUUCAUCUCUGUGCUUCGAGAUAAGGAGACAAGCGGAGUAGGUUCCAGUCUUUACUUCCCAUGGGUUGGGCACUGGAAUAUGCAACACCCGAUAUUAUAAGUGGUCUUGCCGCAGGUCCCAGGGGAGUCAAAGUUGGGUUGGUGUUAUGGAGAUUGACGUUAGGAUUAAGAUUAUCGAUUGGGUUAGGGUUAGGAUAAGUGUUAGGGCCACGAUCAAAGUUGGGACAUGGGAAUAUGAUCCAUUUGGAAUUUAGCGUAAGGCCACAUGCAGUACUAGGCGGGGGGAGUCAUAUUCCCUUGUCCGACCAAUAUCCUGGCAUAAAUUAAUGCUACGGCUCCUAAAGAGCUCAAGUAUCUGUCAAAGUACUAAAAGCCUUUUCUAGCAAUUAGGUAACCUCGUUUAUGUAAAUAAAGUUAUGUCAGAGCAGUCUAAAUAGUAGACUGCGUCGGUCUCUUAGUAACACAUUUUCACUCAAAGUGUCUUAUUUCCUGACAGUAUUUACAUGCUGUAAUUUGUUUUACUUUUAAGGUGGAAAGCCAUGAAAACUGCAGCAAUGAUUACUUGGAAGUAUACGACGGCCCCUCGACAUCUUCAAAAAUGCUGAAAAAGUUAUGCGGACCUAGCACCCCAGAGCCCAUAAUGUCGACAGGUAACACGAUGACCCUGCACUUCAUCACGGACAAGGUGUUGAAUAAGAAGGGUUUUGUGGCCAUGUUUAAAAAGGUAAGUGCCUCUGAUAGGCACAAUCAGUAAGGGACACGCCGAAUGCUCUCUUUAGCCGUUAUGAUGCUGUAAUAAUGUAGAACUAAUAGUUUUUAACUGUACUCAAUUCCCGUAUGUUAUCCAUGCACGCAUGCUUAGUCGCUGGUUGUGCCUCCCGUUCAUUUCCGAGUUAUUUUUUUAAGUCUGAAGUUAUUAGUCGGAGUUCCGCUUAACGUUUGAAAACGAAGAACAUGUGCGAAUACCGUUUCUUCGGAAUCCCUCCGGCCAAAAUUCAAUGUUAGCUUUUUUGAUGAUAAAACAGUUCGGAAGGCGAGGACGUCUCUUUGUUCCACAAUUCACAUUCUGCUGGUCUUCUAUACGCAUCUAGCCUAUACGUUUGGUCGCUCUUAGAACUCCUUAAAAUACUUCGUGAGUUAAGUCAUACAAAAAGCCAUAACGAUAUUAUUUCAUCGGCUCUAUGUUCUCCUAGAUUGCAACAUAGUCGAAAAUCUAAUUUCAACUCAGCCGCUUAUGAUGUGUGCGCUUCGUCAUUUUCAACAUCAUACUGCAAACUUACCUGCAAGUAACAUGCGCGCGUUUCUGUCACCAAUCACGUGUCCUGUCCGCAGGACUCAAUACUAGACACCGAACUAGCCUGCUGAGCCUAGACUUUCUAUUUCUGUCGUGUACAGCGCAGACAUGGAUGCAACGUCCUGGUAUUACUAGACGAUAGAGAAUCCUACAGGACCAGUAAUUCGGCAAACUGACGUUGUUAGGUGCGAGUGUACCACCCACCUAGCCACAGCAACAGCUAAGGCGCGAUCCAAUGGCCUUCUAAAAGUGCGCAAAUCAGAUGUUCCCGCCCUCUGUAACAAGUCGCAGGACACCGAGGCACGCCCACGUAGGCCCUUCAAACCGACUGUUGCAUGUGCUGAUUGCGCGACCUGGGGCUCGCAAACUGAUUCACCUAGCAGGUCGAGUAUUGUACAAAUAAAUUUAGUUGCAGUCGAACAGAAGGAGAGGAUGAUGUCACUCCACGCCACCUCCAUCUUCGAGUUCCUGCCAUAAACCCUCGCAGUCGAAACCGUCAGUGGCCUGUGACGGCAAAGCAUUAAAGAGAACGGCGACAAAUCCGCAGCUCAGGACCUCACAGCGCUGGCGGGGCACUGCCUCGAGGCGUUAUUUAAUUUCGAUGGAACCACACACCAGCGAAUUAACGGCACCGCAGCAGGUCCAAAAAUUCCUUCAUCUUUUACUGAGACAGUCUUCGAAAUAUGGAUUAUCUAUGAGUAAAUGUCCAGGAUUCUGCCGCGACACGUUCACGACAGUGCCAUCACUAGCCAAGAUAUAAACGAUUAGCAUGAAUUUUAAUUGAACUCAUUUAUGGAGUCAUGAUAAAUAAAAGACGUUCUCGUCUAUCUCAAACCUGAUGUGACGCGUCAGCCUACAGUUAACCGAUCAAGAUAGCGGAGAUACUUAGCUACAACAGCAGCUACCGAUUACAACACAGAAGAUGCUGCAUACGCUAUCUAUAACGGCGCGUCAAAACUCGUGACAACGCAGCAGUCGUUAAUCGGGACGGGUUUUAGAUACUUCAAGAGUUAUUUAACGUUUAGGACUACUCAGGAACAUCAGCUAGGAGGAGCUGGAUGGACCAGAGGAAGCACGAUAAAGAGAUUAGGAACCGAGAACGCGGCGGAGAAUUUCGCGUGUAGAAUGUGUCCCCGAGACCCUAGCCAUAUUACUCGCACCACUGCAUGCACAUACCCUGAAUUCGUUAUUACAAAAAUCGAUUUUUACUGCUCCAGCGACUGGGAUUCAUUAAGUAGUUUGCAGAUGAACUUGAGGCACGUGAAACACACGGUACAUCACUAAGGCGGGAGUUUUAGAACCCCAAAAUCACUAUUUAUUUAAGAUGUUAUGGACGUUUUCCUUCUGUUAGUUGCAUUUUCUUAUUUUCAUUGGGCGUUGCAGUGAGGAGAAGCCGUGAAUCUUUAGAGUGCAUGAUAUCGGCAGACAGAAUGUCAUGCAGUUUUUGGUUCAAAGCAUUUAGUUUGACUAGGCAGUUGUGACAAAACAUUACCUUUGAGACUGCGUGGCACAACGAAUGAAAUUUUUAUGUAUAUUCCUAGCAUCAAUGA